UCAAGGAAUCGCCCAGCAUCCACACCAUGGCAAGCAUGGCAGCACACGGAUUUCUUUUCCCUCAGCAGUCAAGUACCACCUGCCCCAGAAGAUGCAAUUGUGACUCUACACAGUCAGUGCAAUGCUACAGGGUCCUACAGGUACCUAGAGAGAUUCCUGCUACCACCAGGCGGCUUUACAUCAGCCACAGCAAAAUCAAACACCUCCAGAUCUCUGACUUCAGCAGAAUAUCUUGCCUGGAAGAGCUUAUCCUGUCUUGCAGUGGAACAGAAUCAGUAGAAGAUAACACCUUCAAAGCUCUGAGCACCUUGAAGAUCCUGGAACUCUGGAAGAAUAAACUAAGGCGCAUACCCACUUCCCUCCCAUCCAGCCUUGAAGUAUUAAAACUUGGUGACAAUUCAAUUAGUGUUCUGCAUGAGUCGGACUUUGAAGGUUUAAAGAAAUUAAGGGUGCUUGACAUUCAAAACAACUUGAUUUUGGCAGUCUCUUUCAGCACACUUUCCUCCCUUUGCAGUUUACAGAGUCUGACUUUGGAUGGUAAUAAUAUGGAAUCUGUGUCAGGGCCACUUAAGCUUCCCAAACUGAAGUAUCUGAGUAUGGAGAAUAACAAACUACAUUCUUUCUCAGGCAGCUUCUUUGCACCACUCCAACAUUUACAAUUUCUCAGGUUAACUGGCAACCUUCUGACCAAGGUCCCUCUUAACCUGCCUAAGUCCCUGCUUUCAUUAAAACUAGAGAGAAACCAACUCAAAAUGAUAAGAUUUCGAGACAUGAAACACCUGGAAAACCUAUCUGAGCUUUUCCUCUCUGAAAAUCAGCUCUCAUCAGUUGAUGGUGCUCAGCUUCUUCCUAACUUAACCACCCUGGAGCUGUCCAGGAAUCACCUCCAAACCAUGCCACUCAAACUAUCAGCCAGACUACAGAAACUUGACUGUAGCAAUAACUUCAUUCAGAGAGUGACAGCCCAGGGCUUUCAGGAUCUACGAGACCUCAAGCAUUUGUUUCUCGACAAUAACACUGUCAGCACGUUCGAGGCUGGAGCGCUUCAUGCAUGUGCACAGCUAUCUAACCUAGCAUUGGAACAAAACCUGCUUAUUUCUAUUCCAUUAAGACUUCCAGAUACUCUAGCCAGGUUGGAUCUAAAAGGAAAUGACAUACAGGAUGUUGGAGAACAAGAGCUAAAGGACUUGAAACAGCUCCAGGUUUUAAAUUUACGGAACAACAAGAUAUCUGCCUUGGAUUGCAAAGUCCUGGAAAAUUUGCCUCGUCUCAGGUACCUGUAUUUGGAUGGAAACCCUUGGAAUUGCACAUGCGACCUUUUGAGAACCAGAAGAGCGCUGAUGGCCAAAGGGACAGAUGUCAGAGGAGGACAGUGUGCAGCACCAGCAGAAAGCCAAGGAGAAAGCUGGAUGUCUUCCAAAAAGAUUCUGCAGCAGUGUGAAGACCACCUCUCCUCAGCUGAACGAGGCAAAGAGGUCAGAAAAAAAAUGAAGACUGAUGACCUCUCCAGUGAAGGUGUAAACACGGAUGAUGAUUAUUAUGAUUAUGAAAUAGAUUAAUCAUGUAACUAUGAUGAGCCUUAGAGCUAUCAGUCUUAAUCCCGCAAUGAUCUUUGCAGACAAAGAGCCUGCUAGGCUACCACUGACAUUUCAUCUUUUAUUUUAUACUACAAGACUUAGUAAUUUGGGGCAGGUGGGGAUGUAAGGUGUUUUGAAAAUUGUAAGAUGCCUCUUUUUUUAAAAACUGCUUUGUGUUUAACAUUACAUGUGUGUAGAAAAUAAGAGUACCAGUGCUAGCAGCUAGAAAAGUUUGGCACAUUCAGACAAAAUGGUGGCAAUUAACUGAGUCUGCUAGCUCUGCAUAGGGCUCAGUCAAGCAUGCAAAUAGUUCCAUGGAAAUCCUGUAAAUAAAAUCCACACCUACCUCACAAGAUGCAACGGCUGGGAAUCUGAGACUCCCCAACCCAUUUAAGAUGGCAGUGUUGUAAUUUGCAGAAAAAGGGGCCUGAAGUUGGAAGGUUUUCUAUGUGUUCUCAGACUGAUAUAGAUGGUUAUUCAGUACUGUUCACAUAGUAUUGCCUUUGAGAAAUUAAAUUUUCAAUAAUUAUUUGUCCCCUUUAAUUGACUUAAACCACUUAGUCUAAAGAUGAACUAGUUGAGGCAUAUCUCCAGGUGUAAUCCACUUGUCUAUUUUUAUAACAAAUACAACAAAGAGAACAGGUGAGUGGAGCUUGUUUAUUGUUCAGUAACAUUUAUUUACUGGCUCUAAGUUUGGUUUGUAUCCAUGAACCAAAAGUUUGGGACCAAAUGUGACUCAACUGUGUCCCUUUAAAGGAUCACUGCUUACCCCUUUCUUAGGGAACAGGAACUGCCACCACCAGAAAUUAGGCUAAGUUUGACAGACAAAAUUAUUGGGAGACUUUGGUGUGCGAUAGACAAACAACUAUUUGACCAUAAUGCAGGACAAGUUGCUGUAUGUAAGUAUUUGGGGUUAUGUAUUAUUCCUGUCUGUAGAGGUACAGCAAUAAAAGGUGCAAACAAAAACAUCCUGUCACCCAGUGUAAGAGACCCAGUAUGCUAAUGGAAAAUAAGAAAACGAGACAACAAAUUAUUUAAACUUAGUAAUAGGAGAGAGCUGAAAUAUCAAAAUAUUUAACAGAAGAUAACACAGGGUUAUUAAUGUGUAAAUUUCUUAAAGAAAGAUUGGCUUUUUUUUUAAUAAGGAAGAUUGAAAGUGCUGGGUUAAAUAACAUAAGGCUAAAUUCAGAAUUGAUGUAAGUUACACUUUGAUAAGAUUCUAAGAUGAGAUGCCCUCUACCCAUUUUAUCUUACACCUUGUUACAUUUUCUUUAGGUCCUAUGAUAUGUAAAUUUGACCAGUUUACACAUCUAUUUGGUCUCUAAUAGCUAAAUUCAACACCUAGGUGAAAAAGUUAUAUUCUCUCACACGGUGUGUACUAUUUAAAUGUCUGUUAUUUGGGGGGAACAGAAAAUACAAACAUCAGAAUUAAUAUGGCUGUUUUUCCUGCAUCAAGAAGAAAUUCUAUUUUGCUACUUCAGUUAUAUUAAGGUGAGAGGCCUUUCAUGGAUGGGAGCGUCCCAGAAUAUUUGAGACAAAAGGGCUUUAUGAUAUAAACACAAGCUCUGAUAUAUACACAAGUGCAGAUCUUAUUGAAUAGUUCCCAAAGUACUUGAAAACCAAACAGAACAGAAAUACACAAACACUAAAAACCAGUGAAUUACAAACAACAAGCUGAGGGCUUUCCUGCCAGUUCAUAAAUCUCAACUGAUAACUGAGAAGUGAUAGCAGCAAAUUACUUUCCAAAGCAAACAGUCUCAAUUAUCCACUGUUUUCUGGUGCCAUUCAGUUACUGAAUAAUCACUCACAUUCAUAAAGUCUGUUUUUUCAGGUGUCAGAGCUCAGUUAUUUGGUUAUGUCAUCUAUGAAAGUAUCAAUAGCAUUUGUAAUUAGAGCUAUAUGGUCACAUGAUUAAAUACGGUGACAUGAGGAAUUUGGGGUUUUUCAACUUUUUUUUUAACAAGAUAUCAGACAAAUAAAUAUUUUUGGUAGAGAUGUUUAUGGCAGCAAUAUGUUUAGGCACACAAACUUAGUGGUUACUAGGUGACUUUUAUCUGCUUAUAUUGGAUUGUGUGUUAAUUAAAAAAAGGUCCAAAAGUACUUUUUCUGCAUAAUAAAAUUAUUUUUAUGUUAC